UGCUCCUCGUACCAUGAGCUGAAUCUGUCCGGGACAGACCAGGGAAGAUGGCGGCCACUGACCAUUCCCGGUCCGAAGCUGCAAAACAGCGUCGGCAGGAUCAGCUGCAGCGAUGGCUGGGCUCGGAGACGGAUCAGACGGGAUCAGACGCGCGGGAAACCUCGGGUGGUUCCGGGACGCGGCGGACGAAAGUCCGGUUCGCCCAAGGAGCAGUGUUUAUGGCCGCCUGCUCCGCCGGAGACCGGGAGGAGGUGGCAGCGCUGCUCCGGCAGGGAGCUGACAUCAACCACGCCAACAUAGACGGACUGACAGCGCUUCAUCAGGCCUGCAUUGAUGAAAAUGCUGAGAUGGUGCAGUUUCUGGUGGAGAGCGGGAGUGACGUCAACAGAGGGGACAACGAGGGCUGGACUCCUCUGCACGCUGCAGCGUCCUGCGGCUUCAUCCAGAUCGCUAAAUACCUGAUAGAACACGGCGCUCAUGUCGGGGCGGUGAACAGUGAAGGGGAGCUUCCUCUGGACGUGGCCACAGAAGACGCCAUGGAGAGACUUCUCAAAGCGGAAAUCAAGAAACAAGGCAUAGACGUGGACAAGGCCCGAAAGGAGGAAGAGAGGAUCAUGCUCCAGGACGCCAUGGCGGUGCUGGCAGGAGGUGGCACUCUCACACCUCACCCAAACACUAAGGCGACCGCUCUCCAUGUUGCCGCUGCCAAAGGCUACAUUGAAGUCCUGAAGGUGCUGUUACAGUGCGGGGUGGAUGUGGACAGCAGGGACACGGACAGCUGGACGCCCCUGCAUGCAGCAGCUCACUGGGGGCAGGAGGAGGUGUGCACCCUUCUCGCUGACAACAUGUGUGAUAUGGGUGCCGUCAACAAUGUGGGCCAAACACCUCUAGAUGUUGCCGAUGAGAACCUGGUGGACGCUCUGGAGGAGCUACAGAAGAAACAGAAUGCUUUACGCAGCGAGAAAGAGAAACAGACUCCUGUUAUUGAGACCAGCCCGCAAAUCUCCAUGGUACCAGUUCGCGCACGCAGGACAUCUAUCUCUCGUAUGAGCAGUAAGGAGAAGAUCUGCCUCCACGAGCGGGAGAAGCACCCACCUCCUGCCCUGCAGAGCAGUCCGGCUGAGGACGAGGAGGAGGAAGGCCAGACGGGACAAAGUCAGUCUCAGAGCCAGGCAAAAGCUUCCAGCAGCUCCAGCUCGGAGGAGGAGAGUGAAUCUGAGAGUGAUGCAGAGUCAGAGAAAGCGAAAAACCGAGAGAUCAUAAAUAACUUGAACAACAAACGAAACACCAGCAGCCUGCUUCCUACCUCCAUGUCAACGAGUACUGCUGCAAGCCAAGUGAAAAAGCAGGAACCAAGCAAACCCACAACCACUGAGGCCCCGGGCUCCUGGAGAACAUCUCUGAGGAAGGCUGGUAGCUCGGUGACUCUGGGCUCAGUUGGACUGUCUGACUCCAGCCAGGACGCCAGCAGACCUCCAGAGACAGGCCUGGGCAUGACCCGCUCUGCCUCCAGCCCCCGCCUCAGCUCCGAGGCUGACACCAAGGAGCCAAGGCUCGCUAGGGUACCACCCAUUCCAACAAGGAGACUCUUCAGUAUUCCAGACAGCAGCCCUGACAACUCCAACAGUUGGCUAAGCCGUAGCUCCUCUUACACCCGGCGCCUUCAUAGUCAAACAGGGAAUGAUCUCACUAGUUCCACCCCCUAUUUGCUUCACAGCUCAUCUUAUGGAAAGAGACUGGAUGACCCCACCGUGACCUCAGCUAGCACAGGAACAAGCUCUGCUGGACUCAGCCGCCUUAACAGUGUCUUGGCGCAGAGACUUCCUCAGGAACAGACAGAGAAGAAGGAUCAGUCUGCCGUCACCACCUCCAACUCUCAGAGCACGACCACGGGCGAACAGGAGACCAAGCAGCGGCGCAAAUCCUAUCUGACGCCAGUGCGGGAUGAAGAAGCAGAGGCGCAGAGGAAGGCUCGCUCCAGACACGCACGGCAGUCCCGCCGCUCCACUCAGGGGGUGACACUAACAGAUCUGCAGGAAGCGGAGAAGACCAUGAAAACCAUGAAGACUGACAACAAAGGGAGAGAAAAGAAGGAGGAGGAAGAGAAGGAGAAAGAGAAGGAAACAAAACCGAAGAAGGGAGAGGAGGGGGAAGUGAGCUGGAGGUCUCGUAUUGCCAGCCUGCAGAAGUCGGACCUGCUGGGCCUCACGCAGCCCGCUGGCACUCCACGGCCUCAGGCUUCUGACAGGAGAGAUGUUGAGGCCAGCACUGGGGAGAGUGAGACUGAGCGAUGGGCCAGGGAGCGCAGGGAGAGGAGGCAAGCUCGGGCCAGAAGGAAGGCACAGAGGACCGGGGAGAGUGAUGACAAUGAUCCCAGUGGAGAGGAAGAGUUCUCAGGCAGUGGGCUGGAUCCACAGACAGACAAACACUUGAGUUCCAGGUCAGAUGUAUCCUGUAACGACUAUACCCAGGGAGGAGAAUCUGAGACCAAGGAUUUUAAGAAGUUGUUCGAGGAGGUCUCCAGAGAGAACAGCCAGCUCCAGUCUCAGCUGCAGGACACUCAGAGGAUUAUCAGUCAGACUAGGUUGGACCUGGAAAAGGCCACGCAGAGACAGGAGCGCUUCAGUGACUGUUCAGCCCUGCUGGAGCUGGAGAGAAAGGACCGGAGGAUGUUGGAGCGGCGAAUGGCAGAGCUGGAGGAGGAGCUAAAGGUUCUGGUUGACCUGAGAGCAGACAACCAGCGUCUUAAAGAUGAAAAUGGAGCACUGAUCCGUGUCAUCAGCAAACUCUCCAAAUAGACAUGGAGAGAGAGAGGGAGAGAGAGAGACACACACACGAAGAGCAGGGAUCUCCCCCCCUUUCCCAUCCAUCCAU